AGAUAUCAAUGUGACAUCCGGUUGCCUUCCAGGAAGUGCGUCGUUGCUGUCAGCUGAACUUUAACGCGCAACGUAUGGAAGGGUCGACUUGCAAGCUGCAACAUGAGAUACUAAAUCCGACACGGAUUCAUGGUUUCCUGUUGGCUCGAAAGAGGCGGAGUUCAUUCACCGUCACCAGCUGGUCACGGUGCUUUCAGUUUUACAACACCCAAUGAGGUAAAAAAUAUUUCAUCUGGCAGCUGAUUGUGGACGGCAUUCAAAUGGAUCUCUAACUUGAAACAUCUGAAAAGUGUGGAUCAACAUCCCAUUGCUGUAAGGACUGACUGAUUGAACUGCAGCCAUGGUGCGAGAAUACCAGUCGCCUGUUCGGGUCUACAAACAUCCAUUUGAGUUGAUAAUAGCUGCUUACAACAAGAGAUUCCCUAAAUGUACAUUGAUCCCAGUGUUUGUAGACAGUGAGAUAAUCAACGAGAGCCAAAGCCAGGAUGGCUCCAUACUGGUGAUCGAGAGGCGCUGCACUAUUGACAUUGAUGCACCUCGACUCCUCAAACGGAUUGCUGGCAUAGACUACCUAUAUUUCAUCCAAAAGAACACCCUGAACCGCCGAGAGCGGACUCUCGUCAUUGAGGUCCUGAACGAAACGUUUUCCAACAGGGUCAUUUCGUCUGAGUGCUGCAAAUACACGGUUCAUCCCGAGAAUGAGGAAUGGACAUGUUUUGAGCAGACAGCUAGUCUUGAUGUUAAAUCUUUUUUUGGCUUUGAAAGCAUGGCAGAGAAGAUAGCAAUGAAACAAUAUGCUAGUAGCAUUGAAAAGGGUAAAGAAAUUAUCCAGUAUCACCUGACAGAGCUGGAAGAAGAGGGAAUAAUGUUUAUACCUCGUUGGACUCCAUCGUCUCCUUCGGGAGUCGUCCCUGGAAAUUGUGUGAAAGAUGACAAGGACCACCACACAGAAAUAGCAACUACCUCUGCUGAUGACAAGUUGGAUGCUGAUUACAUCAGACGUUACCUUGGUGAUUUAACACCUCUGCAGGAAAGCUGCCUUAUUCGACUGCGGCAGUGGCUCCAGGAAACCAACAAGGGCAAGAGUCCAAAGGAUCAACAUGUUCUGCGUUUUCUGAUAGCCACAGAUUUUAACUUUGACAAAUCUCGAGAGCUUCUGUGUCAAUCGCUUACAUGGAGGAAGCAACAUCAAGUGGAUUUCCUCCUGGACUCAUGGCAGCGUCCUCAACUUCUCCAGGACUAUUACAGUGGAGGCUGGCACCACAAUGACAGAGAUGGCCGACCGCUCUACAUAUUGCGAUUGGGUCACAUGGACACAAAAGGUUUAAUGCGAGCUUUAACAGAGGAGGUUCUGGUUCAACAGGCCGUCGCCAUCAAUGAAGAGGGACUUCGGCGCUGUGAGGAAAACACGGCACUCUUUGGUCGACCAAUCUGGUGCUGGACGUGCCUGGUGGAUCUGGAGGGUCUUAACAUGCGUCAUCUGUGGAGACCUGGACUAAAGGCUCUACUGAGGAUCAUUGAAGUUGUGGAGGCCAACUACCCUGAGACGCUGGGUCGCCUGCUCAUGCUGAAAGCACCCAGAAUAUUUCCCGUCAUCUGGACCCUGGUCAGCCCUCUGAUCAAUGAAAACACCCGUAAGAAGUUCCUUGUGUAUGCUGCAAGUGACUACCAAGGUCCAGGAGGUUUGGUGGACUACAUUGACCAGGCAUUUAUUCCUGACUUUUUAGGAGGAGAGUGCAUGUGUGACAUUCCAGAUGGAGGUUUAGUCCCCAAGUCUUUGUAUAGGACAGCAGAGGAGCUGGAGAUGGAAGACAAUCGAUUAUUGACAGACUCCAUAUAUAAAAGUGCCAGUAUUUUCAAGGGAGCUCCAUAUGAGAUUUUGAUUGAGAUCGUGGAAGCAUCUUCUGUCAUCACUUGGGAUCUUGAUGUAUCUAAAGGAGACGUGCUCUUCAACAUCUACCAUUCAAAAAGGGCUCCACAGACACCCAAAAAAGACACAAUCGGCACGCACGCUUUUACAUCCUUAGGCUCUGUCAAUCCGCAGCUAUUAGACAAGAACUGGGUACUGGGUCGGGACUACAGCCUGGUGGAGAAAACCCUCACAUGCAGGGAGGGGGAGAGUGCACAGGGCUCCCACAUCACUCGCUGGCCUGGUUACUACAUCCUCCAGUGGUGCUUUCACAGCGCCCCGGCCGCCUCGGCCUCCAGUCUGUCUUACGUGGAUGACGUGCUGGCUUCUCUGCAGGUCUGCACCCACAAAUGUAAAAUCAUGUAUUAUACCGAGGUGCUGGCUUCCCAAGACAUCAGGGGGUCCAUGACCAGCCUAGAGUCCAGUCAUAGUGGUUUUUCUCAACUUAGCGUGUCCACUACUCUUUCUAGCCAAUCACACGCCAGCUCAACUGUCUCAAGGUAGCAUCGGCUCAACAAGGAAUCCAUUAAUUGGAUCGUUUCUGUAGCAGAAGGUUUGCUGCAGUCAACUUGUGUUGGAUUUGAAAUUUCGAAAAGUGUAAUCAAUCAUUGGAUGGUCUUCACUGCAUUUGAUGGGUCAAUAAAUGGCAAUGUCAAAAGAUAA